AACAACAAGUGGCCCUCCCACUUCCCUAGUUACCUUCUCAUCCGUACGCUUACAUCUUCACUUUCCCUUUAUAUAUCUCAUUUCUUCACUUCUCACUCUCAUCCCUUAAUUUCCCCUUUCACAAUCAUCAAUCUUGUUCUUUGCUCUCUAACUUUUUUCAAUUCUACUCUUCAUUUCUAUCAUAUCAAGCUUUAUUAUAAGUGAAAAAAAAAAUAACACAAAAAAAGUGUAUCCAUCAUAUAUAUUACCUAGCUAGCUAGCAACAUAUAUUAUAUAUUGUUAAGAUGUUGUACGAACAACAGCAACGGUUACAGCAACCGUUGAUAAAUACAUCAGAGAGGAGCAAAUAUAAUAAUUCUAAUUCAAUAGAGGAAGUUGAGAGGCUUCAAAUAAUUGAUUUGAGUGGCAUGUCCUUGGACUCUCUUCCAAACCCUUCUCUUAAUUUAGCUACCAUUUGCAAAUUGGACCUCUCCAACAACAAUCUUCAGAAUAUUCCGGAGUCGUUAACGGCGAGACUGCUAAACAUAGUGGUGUUGGAUGUGCACUCAAACCAACUUAGGUCCCUCCCAAACUCCAUUGGCUGUCUCUCUAAGCUCAAGCUUUUGAAUGUCUCUGGCAACCUCCUCCACCUCCUUCCCAAGACAAUUGAGAAUUGCAGGGCAUUAGAAGAAUUGAACUUAAAUUUCAACAAGUUGAUUCAACUACCAGACACAAUAGGAUAUGAGCUACUAAACCUAAAGAAGUUAUCAAUCAACUCCAACAAAUUGCUUUACCUUCCACGCUCCACUUCUCAUCUGACAUCUCUAAGGGUUCUUGACGCACGCCUCAACUGUCUAAGAUCUCUCCCAGAAGACCUAGAGAAUCUUGUCAACCUUGAAAUCCUAAAUGUGAGUCAAAACUUCCAAUACUUGGAUUCUAUUCCUUACUCCAUAGGACUUCUCUUGUCCCUUGUUGAACUUGACAUUAGCUACAACAAGAUCAAGUCCUUACCAGACUCACUUGGUUGCCUUAACAAGCUUCAAAAGCUAUGUGUCGAAGGGAAUCCACUUUGUUCACCACCACCAGAAGUUGUAGAGCAUGGAUUGCAUGCAGUGAAAGAGUACUUGUGCAGUAAGAUGAAUGCUGGUCAACUAAGUCCAGUUAAGAAGAAAUCAUGGGUUGGAAAAUUGGUUAAGUAUGGAACCUUCAAUGUUAAAAAUGGUCCUCGUGAAGAACGUGAGGCUUUCAUUCUCCCCGAUUAUAAUCGAUCUGUUGAUGGUCUUGCUUCUCCUCGUUAUAUGGGGAUGUUUUCGCCGCGCCGUUUGUUCUCCUCUCGCAAUUACUUCACCAACUGAGGGGGAAAAACUUUAGAAGAGACACUUCUGAAUGUGUUUGCUUCACUCGCAAGGUAGAAAAAAUUUGGAAAUUGGAGGAAAGGAAAAGGUUGUGAUGUUUUGAAACUUUGGAAGAAGCCCAUUUCGCUUGAUGGAUUGAUAAAAUAAUGAUUAGAUAGUAUGAUGAUCCGUACGUGAAAUAAUAUGGCGUAUAUUGCCAUAACUAUCAAACUUGGCUCUGGUUUGAGAGACCAAUUCUUUUAGGUUCGCAACUAUUUGGUCAUAUUAUUUGGUCACACUUGCAUACUCCAGUAUUUAUUGUGUGACCAAAUAAAAUGUCUAAAUGGUAGUAUCAACCUAAAUAUUUUUCGAUUUGAGAAUAAACUCAUGUCUUUGUCAUGUUGAAUAAUGAUGAUUCCUACAUGAAAUAAUAUGGUGUAUUGUCGUAACUAUCACACAUCGUUGUGGUUUGUAAAAGAAAUUCAUACUCCUCGAGUUUUUUUUUUUGACUA